AUGCCUGAUGAAGUGGAGACAUUCUCCCGCGAAAAGUUAAAAGAGGAGGAAGAGGCAAAAAAUUUGCAAACGAAACAGAAUACUUCUGAGGUUGACAACAAUCAGGACAAUGAUAUUGCGCAUGAUGCAGGUGAAACUACGCAACCCACGGAAAUAAUGAAUGAUGACAAAGAUGAGGAUGCACAGGCGUCGAACUAUGAAUAUCCUUCAAACUGGUACUCGGAUCAUGAUCAACUUCAAUAUAUUUCCGAAUGUAUGAAACAAAAGGUCAUACCUUCGGGAUAUUUUCUGAGGCAUAUGUCUGGAGAGCUAUUAAAAAUGCCUCAUUGCGUUCUCGGAUCCGCUAGGAUCAGGCCCAUAUGUGGAGCUAUGGGGAAGAAUACGACCAUAACAUAUUUGGAUCUAACGAACUCAGGACUUGGUGAUGAGUCUGUACCAGAUUUGUGCAACAUGUUCAAGGACAACAGUACAAUCGUGGAGGUUAACUUGUCGGAGAAUAAAUUAACCUCCAAGUGCGCGGAGAAUCUUUGUGAUGUGCUUGCUUCCAGCACGCACCUAGAGAGAAUCGACCUUCAUGGAAACAAGUUCGAUGAUAAGGCGGGUGUUUACUUUGCCGAGCUGAUGGCUACGUCUCUCGGAAUGUCCUACCUAAAUCUUUCAUUCAACGACUUUGGUGAAACGUCUGUCGUGCAAAUCGGACGUGCCCUACCUCAAGCUACAAGUCUGAUCGAACUGGAUUUGAGCUGGAAUCGACUGGGAUGGGGUGCAAUGCGUCCAUUCGCCAGAGGGCUUGCGGAAAACAAAUAUCUGAAAACUCUGAAUCUGUCGUUCAACGGUAUCGGUCCAAGAAAAGGGUGCCCGGAGUUAGCAUUGGCCCUAAAAGGAAACAAAACUUUGGAAAAUUUGGACAUAAGUGGCAAUCGAAUAUCUCCCGAAGGCGCUGUACUUCUGAGCAAAGGUUUGUACUCGAACACAACUUUACGGCGCAUAAAGUUGUCCAGGAACCCGCUUCAGACUGCUGGAUGUUUUGCCUUGCUGACCGGAUUACUACGAAAUAUCAACAGCGGACUACGAGAACUUGACCUAUCUGGCAUUCCGGUUAACAGUGACUUUCGGGAUCUUCAAGACACGGCCCGUCGUACCUUACCUAACUUGGUUAUUAGAGCUGGCAAAUUCACGACGGACAAAGUUCGAGCUAUAUCCGCGAAGCUACUGAUGUCGAAUCCAAGCCCAAAGUACAUUAUACAAACUAUGGGACAUGUGACAGGACACACGUUGGGCAGCAUGCUUCGGCCACUCGAUACAACUGGAGACAAACUUGUUACUCGACAAGCCUUCAUAAGAGUUCUUAAUUGCUCAUCCAUUCACCGACAAAUUCUGAUCACAUUCUUUCAGAAAAUUGGGCUAGAAUUCACCGAAGAACAAAUCACUCAACUGGUAGAAGAAGUUGAUCCUCAAAAUGAGGAAGAGAUCGACUUU